AUGUGGUUGAACACAGAUUCUCCCCGGAGGUCAUCCAGCAUCCCCAUUAACAUUAACCUGCACGGUGCUCGCAGGCGGCAGACACGACCCGGGGAAUUCUUCCACACUAUGGUGGCUCAGGACCGCGAUCGGAGCCGAGGAGCUGACGGGCACGGAGGGCAGGGGAUUCGGACACAGGUGCCAGGUGCAAGCGUCGGGGAGGACCGCGCCAUCCUGCUGGGCUGCACCAUGAUGGCCUUCUCUGUGCUCAUGUUCUUUGUAGUCGGCAUCACAAUGAUCAAACCCUUUGUUAACAGUGGCUGGGAUGAUGGUAAUGCCAGCUGUGUGCUGCAGAAGAGUGAGAUACUGGAGGAGUGGGUGGACUGCAGAGGUGUGAGCACAGUGCCGUGCCUCAAGGCGACGGUGACGGUUUACUUCAAUGGCUCCACCGAGGAGGCCGUGCUCCACUUAAAUGAGGAUUCUGUUCUCCUCGCGACCGAGUGUUUCUACAUGCCCAAAUGCCAAAUGGACAGAAAAGCACUUCAGGAUCAAGUCCAGAAAGUGAACAGCAGCCUGGACAGUCUGCUCGGCAACAACACCGCAUGCUUAACUGAUCAGACGAGGUACCCCAACCACGCCAUCUUAUGCAGGAAGUACACUUUGCAGAUGGUCCUAUUUGCACUGCUGUGGCCCUGUAUACUUCUGGGCGGUGGAGCUCUGCUGGUGGGCCUUGUGAAACUGACUCAGUGUCUAGCCCAUCUGUCCACAGAGGUGAUCAGUGAAGCUGCAGGGGGCCGGCUGACUUCAAGAUACACUCAGGGCAAACUGUACAGGCUGCUCCAUAGGUCCAGCGCACAGUCUCCCUCAUGA